AUGGCGCCGCGAACUAGACGUUCGAAGGCUGCGGAAGACAGUUCUACCAUCGAUAGCGCUGGCGGUACUCCUGCUUCACAACCUGUCCUUCCUCAACGACGUGGAAGGUCCUCUAAAGCCACCGCUAUUGAUGGCAACUCAACCUCUUCCGCACCAACACCAGCUACAACUGUUUCAGACAGCGAGUAUUCAACUCCUGCAACCAGCAAUGCUGUAACUCCCGCGCCUUCUAUCACUAAAAAACCUACUCAGCCGGGAACUAAGAGUCAGCCGCGCUUGGUAGUUGAACUUCCCAAGCUCCCUAAAGGCUCGACUGCGACAACAGGCACCAAGUCUAGCAGCCUUAGCUCUUCGACUUCAUCUAGAGUAACUACACGCCGCCGGCCUGCCCCGAUCGCCUACACCGAGGAGGAUUCGGAGGACGAUAUAAAUAUGAUGGAGGCACCUCGUGAAAAUCCUGUCCCGGCUAAGAGUAAUAUGGUUCUUGGUCGCAAGAGACCUAGUGUUGCGAUGUCUCUUGAUUCUGGCGCUGGAAGCGAUUUUAAUUCUACAUCAAAUCGAGCCCACAAGAAGCCAAAACUUACCGAUCCUGAAAGUGAUAAUGAGUCCCACCAAGAAAUUGAUGAUGAUGAGGAGGAGGAGGCCAUUGAUGAAAACAUGUCCGACUUCUAUGAGGCAGGACUUCUUCUUGAAGAUAGUUCAGAAUCCGACUCAGAUAGCCCUCCCCAAAUCAUUCCUCGCAUUAAUCGCGUUCCUCGCAUUCGUCGCGCUUCUCGUCCCAUGAAUAGAAAGGAUGCAAUGAGAAGGAGGUUGACGAAGCACCAUCCAGAGCUUAGUACAAUGUGGGUUGUUGACCUUGAAAAUAUGCCCGUUCUCAAGGCCGACAAGGCCGAGCAACCUACUACUAUCUCGCGCCAGUUAAAACCAUUCCAACUCGAAGGACUUGCCUGGAUGAAGGCUAUGGAAGCAACAAAGUGGAAGGGUGGUCUACUUGGAGAUGAGAUGGGUCUUGGUAAAACGAUUCAGGCAGUGUCUUUGAUCAUGUCUGACUAUCCUGCUAAGGCACCGUCACUGGUGCUCAUGCCACCUGUUGCCUUGAUGCAAUGGACAUCAGAAAUUGAGUCCUACACAAAUGGGAAGCUAAAGACCCUGGUAUUCCAUGGUACUAAUGCCAAGGCCAAGAAUUUGACAACUAGAGAACUUAAGAAAUUUGACGUUAUCUUAAUGUCUUACAAUACCCUGGAGUCGCUCUUCCGCAAACAAGAGAAGGGUUUCAAGAGGAAAGAGGGCACGUAUAAGGAGAAGAGCGCUAUUCACCAGAUCAAGUUCCACCGUGUGAUCCUAGAUGAGGCUCAUUGUAUCAAGUCUAGGAACACCAUGACUGCGAAGGCAUGUUUUGCCCUCAAAGUCGAAUACCGCUGGUGCUUAACCGGAACCCCCUUGCAGAACCGAAUUGGAGAGUUCUUUUCACUACUUCGAUUCCUCAAAAUUACACCAUUCGCGGAAUACUUCUGCCGAGAGUGUCCUUGUUCCAACCUUGAAUGGUGUGCAGAUGAAUCGAAGAAUUGCUCACACUGUGGUCACUAUAUGAUGUCACAUAUUUCAGUCUUCAAUCAAGAACUUCUACACCCUAUUACUCGCAACGGUAACCACGGCGAAGGCAAAGAAGCACUCAGCAAACUCCGUCUCCUUACGGACCGAAUCAUGCUGCGCCGUCUCAAGCGAGAUCAUACGAAUGCUAUGGAACUCCCCGUCAAGGAGAUCUAUGUUGAUCGACAAUUCUUGAGCGAAGAGGAGAACGACUUUGCUAACAGUAUCACGGAUAACAGUCAGCGCAAGUUUAACACCUACGUAGCUCAAGGUGUCAUGCUCAACAACUAUGCCAAUAUUUUUGGUUUGAUCAUGCAGAUGCGCCAGGUUGCUAACCACCCCGACCUGAUCCUGAAGAAGAAUGCGGAGGGAGGACAAAACGUGAUGCAUUACGUUAAUUCUCAGGAGGCACCAGACUGUCCUCGCUGCCACAUAUCUCUAUCUAUCGAUCUCGAGCAGCCUGAGAUUGAACAGGACGCAAUGCUUGUCAAGAAAUCUUCCAUCAUCAAUCGCAUUAAGAUGGAGAAUUGGACAUCGUCGUCCAAGAUCGAGCUACUUGUUCACGAGCUCCACAGGCUGCGAUCAGACAGUGCCUCGCACAAGUCGAUCAUCUUCUCGCAGUUCACCACGAUGCUCCAGCUGAUUGAAUGGCGUCUUCGACGAGCUGGCAUCACGACAGUCAUGCUCGAUGGAAGUAUGACACCAGCUCAGCGCCAGGCUUCCAUUGACCAUUUCAUGAAAAACGUCGAUGUAGAAUGUUUCCUGGUGUCGUUGAAGGCAGGUGGCGUUGCUCUGAACCUUACAGAGGCGUCACGAGUUUUCAUUGUUGAUCCGUGGUGGAACCCAGCAGCAGAGUGGCAAUCGGCCGACCGAUGCCAUCGUAUCGGACAGACGCGUCCAUGUAUCAUCAAACGUCUCUGCAUUGAGGAUUCAGUGGAGAGCCGUAUAGUUGCGUUGCAAGAGAAGAAGACCAGCAUGAUCAAUUCAACUGUCAACUCAGAUGAAGCAUCGCUAGAGGCUCUCACCCAUGAGGACCUCCAGUUCCUCUUCAAAGGAACCUAG